AUUCUGGACGUGCGCAAUGUCAUGGUGGUCGUGUCUCGAUGGUAUGGAGGUAUUUUGUUGGGUCCUGACCGCUUCAAACACAUCAACAACUGUGCUAGAAACAUCCUGGUAGAGGAAGGAUACACUGCCUCCAUGGAUGAGGCCACCAAAUCAGCAGCGAAGACCAAAAAGUCCAAAAGCAAGAAGGCAAAAUGAAUUUCGAGAAGAAGAAAAAAGACUUUUAUUCAGACAUGUUUUCACAAUAUUGUGAAAAGGUAAUUUUUAGCCGAUUCAGAUGUGUCUUAAUAAAGACAAGAAGGGAUUUCUCGCAAUUAUCCGAACAAUUUAUUCAAAAUAACUUACGGUAUUAAAAUGUCUUUGUUAAUAAAUUGUUAUUUCAGCUGGUCGCUUGAA